GGGGGAGGGGCGGGGGUUAGAAGGAUUGGUUUUAUUUACUAUUUCUCACUGGGUCCUCUGAGGUGGCCGACGCAUGCGCACGGCUCGCUUCGCCCGCAGCUCCUUGGGUUACACAAGUUCUGAGGCGCUGCAGAGAAGAGGAGCCGCUGCUCAGGGAGGGGCUGCUGCGCCCUUUCGGACGUUUGUGGGAAGCGGCUGCGGAAGGAAGCCUCUCUGAGUGAGGCAGAUGGCAGCGCAAUGUGUAACAAAGGUGGAGCUAACCAUCUCUUGCAGCAACCUCCUGGAUAAAGAUGUCGGCUCCAAGUCAGACCCAUUGUGUGUGCUGCUUCAGCACACAAGUGGACAACAGUGGUAUGAGGUUGAUCGCACAGAAAGAAUCAAGAACUGUUUGGACCCCAGGUUUUCCAAGAGAUUCCUAAUUGAUUACUAUUUUGAGCUGGUGCAGAAACUCAAAUUUGGGAUUUUUGACAUUGACAAUACAACUGUUGAUCUGAGUGAUGAUGACUUCUUAGGAGAAUUGGAAUGCACACUGGGGCAGAUUGUUUCUAGCAAAACGCUCACCCGGCCACUACUCUUGAAAAAUGGCAGACCUGCAGGAAAAGGAAAAAUAACGAUUACUGCUGAAGAAGUAAAGGAUAAUCGGGUAGUCAUGUUUGAAGUUGAAGCAAGGAAACUGGACAACAAGGAUUUCUUUGGAAAAUCUGAUCCUUAUUUGGAGUUCCACAAGCAGACUUCUGAAGGAAACUGGGUGAUGGUGCACAGAACAGAAGUUAUUAAAAAUAACUUGAAUCCCGUAUGGAGGCCAUUUAAAAUCUCUCUCAACUCUUUGUGUUACGGAGAUAUGGAUAAAACGAUCAAGGUUGAGUGCUAUGAUUAUGACAGUGAUGGGUCCCAUGAUCUCAUAGGGACCUUUCAGACCACACUAUCAAAACUGAAGGAAGCGUCGCGACAUUCACCAGCUGAAUUUGAAUGCAUCAAUGAGAAGAAGAGGCAAAAGAAGAAAAGCUACAGAAAUUCAGGCAUUGUGAGUGUUAAACAUUGUGAGAUUAUAAUGGAGUGUACUUUCCUUGACUACAUCAUGGGAGGGUGCCAGCUGAAUUUUACUGUUGGCAUUGACUUUACUGGCUCGAAUGGAGAUCCUCGCUCCCCAGAUUCCCUACAUUACAUCAGCCCUAAUGGCGUGAAUGAAUACCUGACUGCCAUUUGGUCUGUUGGGAUGGUCAUUCAGGACUACGAUACAGAUAAGAUGUUCCCAGCUUUUGGGUUUGGAGCUCAGAUUCCUCCCUCUUACCAGGUGUCACAUGAGUUUCCAUUAAAUUUUAACCCAUCAAACCCAUUUUGCAGUGGAAUCCAAGGCAUUGUGGAUGCAUACCGGGCCUGCCUUCCUCAAGUAAGAUUGUAUGGGCCCACCAACUUUUCUCCAAUAAUAAAUCACAUGGCUAAGUUUGCUGCUGCAGCUACACAGCAAAAAACAGCUUCUCAAUAUUUUGUGCUCCUGAUCAUCACUGAUGGGGUGAUAACAGACCUUGAUGAGACCAGAUCUGCCAUUGUUAACGCAGCUAAGCUUCCCAUGUCCAUUAUAAUUGUUGGUGUCGGAGGAGCUGAUUUCAGUGCCAUGGAAUUCCUUGACAGUGACAGUGGGGCUCUGAGGUCUCUUUCAGGAGAGGCUGCUAUUAGAGACAUCGUUCAAUUUGUGCCAUUUCGACAGUUCCAGAAUGCUCCCAAAGAAGCGCUUGCUCAGAGUGUCCUGGCAGAGGUGCCUCAGCAAGUGGUGAACUACUUCAGCACAUUCAAGCUCCAGCCUCCAAACAACCCUGCAGCAAAGCAAGAUGGGAGCUGAGCAGCUGACCCUGAGUAUCCAGUUCCUUAUGUGGGGAAUGUCUUCACCACCUUCCUCUGCAGUGCCAACAGGCCAGGGUGGAUGACAGGACCUUUUGAUACAGCACAUAAAAUGCAUAAACUGUUUCAGAUACUCCUUUCUUUCAUUUUUUGUUCUGGGUCGCCAAAGAUGCCAUUUUGCUUUAACAGUCAAUUGCAAGUGAGACUGAAAACUUUAUUUAGACUUAACAAAACUCUCAAACUAUGUACAUCUUCAGGAAGAACAUGCAAGUUUGCUUUUUUGCCAUGCCAUCACCCCUUUGGCUGCUUAUAGUGCCCAGGACAAAACACAGUGUGCCUCCAGCUGCAGUUAGGUACAGGGCUUUAGUGUGCCUUUGAAAGCAGUGCACUGUACCCAUCUUGACUUCC